AUGUUCACUUGCAAUAAUUCCAAUAAUGUGUCUUUAAAACCAUAUAUUGUUAAGAAUCUUUUUGAUCAUCUUUUAACUAUUCAAGAACCUCAACAAGAUGAAUUAGAACUAUUAUUUGCUCAAGCUGUUGUUUAUUUAGCAAUUCAAGUUUUAAAUAUUCCUACAUCUUUAGCUGCCUCUGAACAAAAUUGGUCUGUAUUUGCAACUAUCUAUAACAAAAAAAAAAAUAGACUUACUCCAGAACUUCAAAACUUUGAAUUAUUAAAUUUUCAAGAAACAGUCAAUAAUGAUAAUGAAAAUUAUAAAAUUAUCGAACAAGAUAAUGAAGAUAUUCAAGAAUUUAAUGAACACGAUAAAUUAUUAAAUUUACAUGAAAGUGAUGAUGAAUUAAUAGAUUUGGAUAAAAAUAAAAAUAAUGAAUAA